UAUCGACGGUAUAACCGCAUUGAAAUGCUCAUAUUCAGUCUGGGUAUGACCACCUUUAAACUGAGAAGAAUACCGCUGAUAGUAUUCACCUGAUAACUCAACCCGGAAGACUUAAUGCUCGAGUUGAAGUUUUUAUAUUCAACAUAAACCUUAACCAAUUGAGACGCGGAAUUUUGAAACUGUUGGAGCUUUCACAUUGUAUUCAGAGAUUUGUUAUAUGGAUUUUAAACCAAUUAAAGUUUGAUUAAGUUCUCUUGUGUCAUUGAGUGGUUCAGCCUAAUAAAAGAACACCUCAUAUAGUGAAACACAGUGAUUUAAAACAGAGAAAAAGGAGGAAGUGAAAGUCAGAAGUCAACGCAAACAAACCAGUAAAUAAAGGCAAUGUGAAACCAUAUCAAGUGGAAUAAGAAGUGUAACAACUAUCAAACAUGGAGUGUGUGUACAUGAUACAAGUUCUCGUGGUCCUGAUAUCUUGCGAGUUUUGUUCUGGGUUCGAAUAUCCAUCAAGUGCAGUCAGCGAUGUUUCGCAAACUGUGACAGCAUCAACUGAGUGCAUUUCUUGCAACAAGACAUGUCCGGGAAGGACUGCGCUUCCAGAUGUCUCAUAUCCGCUUUCAGAUGCUGGAUGCUUGGAUAAACCCACAAGUUUGCCAAUUCUUGCUAAUAGAUCAAAUGGAGAAGCAAAAUUUGAUGGUGGGGAUUGUGAUCAUGUAAAUACGACAGAAGCCACUGGGAAUCGAGGAUAUUUUACAGUCUCUCUUUGGGUUAAGGCUACAUGUUCUAAAUCAUGCCAAAUUUUGUCGUUCGGGGACAGUGCUCAAUUGAUUUACAGCGGCACAUCUUUGAAUUUAUCUGGCAACUACAUUCCUGCAAAUCUAACCUCGUGGAGGUGGAUUUCUAUAAGGUUCAACGGCGACAUGUAUAUGUUUGUCUCAAACAUAAAUUCUACAUUUCAAUCUGGCGAAAACUUCGUUACCAGCGAUUCAUUAAACUUAACAAUUGGUCCAAUGAGAAAUAUAUCAGGCAAUACAAUUGAAGUGGUAGACGUCCGAUGGUUCAACGAUUCCUUAACAAGCAGAGAACUUGAGCAAUUGCGCAUUGGCGCCUCAAAUCUGGAAGUUUUGGAGGUCGAAUCUAACUGCAGAUGCCCCGGAGACUUUCCAGUUCUUGAUUCCUCUACAAAGCCAAAUAAAGGCCUGAAAUGUCUGAGCAACAAUGGGAGUGCCCCAGUGUCAAGGCUGAACACGGACGGUGGAUACGCUGUCUUCCUAUUAGAUAGAGACAUGGGUACACGCUGGGUGUCGGGGAGUGUGAAAAAUGUCACUUUAACUUUAGAGCUGAAGAAAUCGCAUAUGUAUCAGAUCCAAAAUGUUACUUUCCUUGGAAUGACACAAAAUAUAAAGACAAUUCAGGUGGAUCUCUACCGAGAAGGUUCCAAACGGUUAAGCAAGUUUUGCUCACCAGGAUCAGAUUGCAGUUAUGAUGGUUCGGGUGGGUUGUCCUUGAAAAUUGAAGAUGCUGCUGCUAAUAUAACCCGGAUAAAGUACGAGAAUUUAUUGGCAGAUAAACUAGUGAUAACUUUGAGCGCAGAUAGUCCCGUCGUUUUCAGCAUUGCUGAACUAAACGUUGGUGCGAGAUGUGGUUGUUAUGGUAACAACCCAACAUGCGCAAUUUCUGCCGACGGGGCAUAUACUUGUGCUACUUGUGUCGGUAAUACAACGAGCACUCAUUGUGAUAAGUGUAGUGAUGAGCACUACCGCUCCGAUAAAGACUUCGUGUGUCCACAUUCGUGUCAGUGCAACAAGAAUGGUAGUGCAAGUUACACCUGUAAAGAGGUUGGCGGAGCGUGCACCUGUAAAUCAAAUGUCGAGGGUCACCUUUGCGACAAAUGUAAACACAACACAGUCAAUCUAGGUUCAAAUUCAUCAUCGGGAUGUACAAAUUGUACAUGUGAUCUGGAUGGAAGUGUACACUGUAACGAUAACAUGACCUGUCUAUGCAAGCCGAACGUUCAGGGUAGGAAUUGUGAGCAAUGCAUGGAAUCUUUCUACGAGAUAACGAAUCCAUCUGGCUGUGUGGCAUGUGCAUGUAACAUAGACGGGGUUGUUAAUAGAAAUAUUUCUUGCGACUUUACAACUGGGCAGUGCAAAUGCAAAAAUAAUAAUGUGCAAGGUCGACGUUGCGAUGAAUGCAAGGAAGCAUUUUAUGAUCUGACAUCCGGUUGUGGAAAUAGAUGUAAUUGUGAACCACUUGGAACCGAAGAUGAAAGUAAAGUGUGUAAAAUUACUUCCGGUCAAUGUCCGUGUACUUGGGAAUAUCGUGACAACAGAAAAUGCGAGCCCAAGGUGACAAGCGUGGAACCAAUGUAUGGACCAGAGGCUGGUGGUACCCUUGUGACGGUUCGUGGAGAACUGUUGACCUCAGAUCAUGUAGAUACGAGAGUCGUGAUAGGGUCGGUGGAACAGACGUUGGUGUCGAAUGAUUCAAGUACGCUGAUAUUCCGAACGAAGCCGAGGGAAAAGAGCGAAAUCCCUCUCAACUUGUUAGUAAAGUGGACGUUGACGAAAAACGUAUCACAUACUCGUCAAAGUGAAAAUGCCCUGGCGUUUGAAUUUAAGGCAAAUCCUGUUUUAAAUGCAACACAUUCUAUCACAACUUACGCAAGUGGUGGCUGUAAGAUACGUGUGCCGGGUACAAAUAUAGACAGUGUCGCCCAUCCAGGUUUCCUCGUAUAUUAUGCGGCUGGAAAAAGCGUAAAAGGGGAUUGUUGCUUGGAUGCAAUGCUUUCCGAUUGUUCGGCUGAUAGUUUGAGCUGCAAGACCCCCGAUUUAAUCGCCCAUCUGACAGCACUCCAGAAAAGUGAGGGCGUGUCUUUCAAUUACACCUUUCAAAUGGAUGGCGCUUCGGAGAAUGUGCUAAUAAGUUCUGAAGCCCAAUUGAAAGUCGUAGAUGAUCCAUCCAUUAAUAUGUUGAGCGAGAAGGACACUUACAAAAGUGUGUUCAGUGACAGCAAGUACAAAAUUGUUGGCUCAAAUCUGAAUACUGCUUGUCAUGAUGAGGAUGAUGUCCAGGUGUUGCUUGGAGAUGAACCUUGCACGUUAGUGGAACGGACGGAUAACUACCUAGCUUGUAGUUUGGAGGAGAAGUUUCCAGGAAACUCUAGAGAAGUCAAUGUAACGGUGCGAAUUGGAAACAAGGUCUACUAUUAUGGAAGGCUUGAAUUCUUAACCUUCUGGCAAACCACUGAAUUUUAUGGCAUUGCUGCGGGUGCUGGUGCUUUUGUUAUCAUUGUCAUCGUUAUUGUGAUAGUUUGCUGCUGCCGACGACGAGGAGACUAUGAUAAACAAACUGAUAUCCCCGACUCUUUGGAUGUCGAUGCAAAACGAUCUGGUUCGAAUAACUACACACCAAUCACACAACUGCCUUUGCAAGAGAUCAUUCAGCCUACGUCAAAACGACCCCCUUCGAGCAUCACUGUUUCAGCGAGUGAUGCGUUUUUCAACCGCAUGAGUGGAGAUGAUCGAAAAGAUAUCAAAAGCUCACUAGUCCUUCGUGAAAACAUAGAGAUCGGAAAGACAUGUACUCGUAAAGGUAAACAGUACUGCCAUGUGGUCCUUGGCCAGUUUUCGUCUUCAGCUUCCACAAGUAACUCCGGUUCUAACCUCACAAUAAAGAUGCUGAGAGACAAACUUCCAGAAGGACAGAAUAUUCCGGAAUGGCUGAUACGAGAACUGAAGGAAUGCAUACGAUUCCGAGACAGUAUCAACGAGAAUAUUCUGAAGAUGAUUGGCAUCGCAGUUGAUGCCAAGUCAGUGUACAUCCUAUACCAUGAGAUGGAGAAUAGAACUAUGAAAGAGUAUUACAUAAAGGAAACAGCGAAAAAAGAAGUGCCACUGGAUAUUUCGAUGAACUUUUGCGUCCAAGUCGCCGAAGGAAUGAAUUUCCUCAGUACGAAAGGCAUGACACACAAGGAUCUCGCAUGCAGGAAUUGCUGGGUGACUGGUGACAUGGUCGUCAAGAUCGCUGACAGCUCGUUCAGCGCGGACUUGUUCCCUGAGGAGUAUAUGGCACAGGGAGACACGUAUAUUCCCGUUCGAUGGAUGGCGCCGCACUCGCUGUUACAGGCAUUCUUCUCUUCCCAGACUGAUGUGUGGUCGUACGGAGUGUUAUUAUGGGAGAUCUUCACUGACUGUGGCUACCUCCCCUUCUACGACAUAACCGAUGCUGCAGAAGUGAAGAAACGAGUGUGUCAUGAAAACUACAAACUCGUGUGUCCACCGGAUUGCCCCGAUGUCAUAUCGAAUGUGAUGGAAAGGUGCUUUGAGACAAACGAAGACGACAGACCAACAUUUAGCACAAUCGUUAACGAUCUUACGCCCGGUGAAGGUAACAUAGCAACCUCAUAUGUGAACGCACAAAGGGGCUAUGUGAACAAAGGGGUUGUCGACCAAGAAGACGGUCUUGAAGACUACGCUAAUCAGAGCCAGUGGAUGACUGAGCGGCAACAAAGUAUGGAAAUCUACAUGAAUCAGUGAACUGAAGAGAUGGACAUGGCAUUUAUUUCAAGUUUUUAUAUUCUUUUGGUGUCUAUAUUGUGAACUAUAAACUACUAAUAUUACAACAGAAGUCUUGGCAAUUUUUGUUGAGAGAAUACCGAACAACUUCAUGUGGGGUGGGUUAACAAAAAAAUAUAAUUUUCCUACUACAAGAUACACGGAUCUGAAACUAAAGAUUACAAUAAUUUUUUGUAAUGAGUUGUGAAUGGCAAAUACAAAAUAACGUGUGAGUAGUAAAGUAUAAUGACUUGUUAAGAUAAUAGUGGUUUUGAUGAGGCUUAUUUUAAUUUUGUAAAUAUUGAUAAAUGUUGAGAAAAGUGGGAGAUAUUGGUCAUACAAACGAGUUAAAGCCCUCAGUAUACUCGUUUUCCAAGGCAGUACUCCCAUUAUUUAUCGGUAAAGUUAUUUUGAUGCGAUCGUGGUCUGUUUGUUGUGUUUGUAUUUGUGGAUGUUGUGUUUAUACGUUUGUGUAUCUGCUUUAUUGUCAUUUGGCCUUUGUUACAUUAACAGGGCUCAUUUUUGAACUUUGGACUUAAUUGACCAUGUCUCUGUUGUCUCUCAUUGUAUUAGUGUGAGAAUCAAAAUAAAACGUGUGAGUGGCAAAAGAAUGACGUAUGAAUUGAUAAAAAAAUAUUAAGUUUGAUUGGCAAAAGAAAGACGUCUGCGUGGUAAAAUAUAACGUCUUAGUGGCAAAAGAAUGACGUCUUAGUGGCAAAAGUAUAUUUGACAAAAGAAUGACGUCUGAGUGACAAAAGAAUGACGCUUGAGUGGCAAAUGAUUGACGUCUUAGUUGCAAAAGAAUGACGUUUCUUAGUGACAAGAAAUGACGUCUUAGUGAAAAAAGAAUGACGCCUGAGUGGCAAAUGAUUGACGUCUGAGUGGCAAAUGAUUGACGUCUGAGUCACAACAGAAUCACGUCUUAAUGAUAAAACAAUGACGUCUUAGUGAAAAAAGAAUGACGCCUGAGUGGCAAAUGAUUGACGUCUUAAUGACAAAAUAAUGACGUCUUAGUGACAAAAGAAUGUCGUCUUAGUGACAAAAGAAUGACGUCUUAAUGACAAAAGAAUGACGUCUUAGUAGUAAAAGAAUGACGUCUUAGUGACAAAUGAAUGACGUCUGAGUGGCUGAGUGGGAAAAGAAUGACGUCGGAGUGUCAAAAGAAUGGCGUCUUAGUGAACAAAUAAUAAGGUGUAAGUGGCAAAAUAAAAAAAGUAGUAGGUAAAGGAUAAGGUUUGCAUAGGAAUAUAAUGAGGUGUGAAUGACAAAAUAUUACCUUGUAAUAGCUCUAUUGUUCAUCUGACUUAUAUGAUAACUGAACGCAAUAAGAACAAUGAUAUGUUGUGUAAAUAUUCAUUGUAAAAUAGAAUGGCAUUCAUAAUUUUAUUAUAUAUAUAUAUAUAUAUAUUUUGUACUUUGCAUAAGUGUUUCUGUGAUAACCAGAUAUCCAUUCAUGUAGCCUUAAGCAGUGCUUUUUUCUCUUCAUCAGAUUAUUUUUCUAUAGCUAACAUGCUAACGAAAAGCGAAUUUUCAGUUCACUAUAUAAAAGUGGUAUUAUCUUAACAGCAUUAUCAUUUGUUUAUUUUAAAUUGGAGGUUAAUAUAUAAAUAUAUAUAUGUAUGUGACACAUUAUAAUACGACAUAAAGUGUCAUUACGACAUGGAAGAGAAAAUACGUCAUGCAUAUUUUAUGUUUAGUUUUGCGCAAGCAUUGUGAUAUGAUAUUUUAGACGUCUUUAUAUCCGGUUGAAAAAAGACAAGACCGUAUGGAAAAUUGGCAAUAACUUUGUAUAGUAUAUGUACAUUAAUAAGUGAUUAUGUCAUAGUAUAUAUAGUCUCGCUGCUGGGCUUGUCAGGUGUAUUUACAAUAGAUAUAACUAAAUAUUUUCUUGACUUAAUCAUGAUCAUUUCCCAGACGUUGGUGGGAAGAUAAGUGCAUUUUAACGAGAAAGUAGCCAGGAUCCUUCCAUUGUCUGAAAAUAUACUACCGAUUUAUAAUUAAAAAAGCAUUUUACCAAAGAAACUGUCAGUUGAACCAUUAUCAUACACACAUUUUUUCAUUAAUAAAUCCUGGAAAAACU